GGGAGGGACGAACAGUGGGAAGCAGGCAUCUUGGCUCAUUCCUCGUCGUCUCCCGCCGCCUUCUCCAUCGACAAGCCCAGGAGAAGGGUUUUUGUGUUUCUUGAUCCACUCCCGCAAGGAUUCACGGCCUCUCAGCUUAUGCUCUCAUUUGCACGCACUAGCUUUGGGGGUCAGACUGCACAUCUGCCUAAGUCUAAAAGUUCAGGAUAUAAACAUUUUGUGUCCAUCUCCAGUGGUCUCCCAUGCUUCCUCGCCAUCAGGCGGCAAUCUCCUGGCUAUAGUUCAGUUCACACAGCUUCCUUCAGUUCACAACACAAUCAAUUGAGCACGGAUAGGUCAGGUACUGUUAUGGCAGAAAGGGAGCUAAUCGACAAGGAUAAACUUAUACUUAGAGGUUUGCAGUUCCAUGGUUUCCAUGGAGUGAAACAAGAAGAGAAGACUCUGGGCCAAAAGUUUGUUGUGGAUGUUGAUGCGUGGAUGGAUUUGAGUGCUGCUGGGGAAACUGACAGCAUAUCUGAUACAGUUAGCUACACAGAUAUUUACAGGAUUGCCAAGGAUGUUGUUGAAGGCCCAUCGCGGAACCUUUUGGAGGCAGUAGCUCAUCGCAUCGCGAGUGCCACAUUGCUGAAAUUCCCUCAAAUCUCAGCCGUCAGAGUGAAAGUUGGGAAACCUCAUGUUGCGGUACAAGGAAUCGUCGAUUAUUUAGGCGUUGAGAUAUUGAGGUACAGAAAAGACGUAGGAGGCGAUCGUCAGGAGCUUCAUUGAGCCUGCUUUGUGCUGAGGAUGGCGUUACCUUACUACUCAACAAUGCAUUUUUUGCAGCCGUUUGUACCUCAAUAAUUUCAAUGGAAUGUUGACCUCAUGAGCUGUUCCCUUAAAAAGGGGUGAAGUUUUAUAUUGGGGUUGAAGUAGGUACCAUGUUGUGUUGCUUGUCCAAAACUUUGGCAAACUUUGCUUACAGUGACUUAAAAUUGUCAGGUUAAACUCUCUCUUUUUUUUGGAUAUUUUGCAUCAUUUCACCUUCA